GAUGGUGCGCAUGCGUAGAUCUGUAGUCGAAUGCAGCAGUAGUGGAGACAGGGAAUAUGUAACCGGUAUUUUUUUUUUUUACCGACCUCUCCGUUGUGAUCUUGGUUGUAAAUCACAGGCUACCUGAGCAUUUUCUCCAUCCUCGAUCUGUGUGCGCUAUGAACCGUGUAUGUGAAUAUCUUUCUCAGUGUUUUAUAGCCUUAUACCGGAGAGCAUAGUUGAGUCGUAACGAAACGACAAAAGACCUGAAGUCCCUUUUAUUUGUGAUGAUCGUUUCUACUCGUUGUCUAUGGACCGGAUCCACCGUACAAUAAUAGGCACGGAGGAUAUGUCCCGGUAGAAAAUGGGCCUGUAACGAACCGAUAUUCCUAUAAGAAGGAGGACAGAGAAAACGGAAAGAUGAAGAUCUGGAGUACAGAACAUGUUUUCAGCUACCCGUGGGAGACGGUGACAAAGGCAGCGAUGAGGAAGUACCCUAACCCCAUGAACCCUAAUGUGGUGGGAGUGGAUGUGUUGGACAGGAACCUGGAUACCGACGGACGGCUCCACAGCCACAGACUCCUCAGCACCGAGUGGGGCCUGCCAGGCAUCGUACGAGCGAUCUUGGGGACCAGUCAUACCCGGACGUACGUCAAGGAGCAUUCCAUCGUGGAUCCCGAGGAGAAGAAGAUGGAGCUUUAUUCAACUAAUAUAACUCUAACCAAUCUGGUGUCAGUGGAUGAACGACUGGUUUACAGACCUCAUCCAGACAACCCAGAGGUUACUGUUCUGACCCAGGAGGCCAUCAUCACAGUAAAAGGAGUCAGUUUGAGCAGUUACCUGGAGGGAAUGAUGGCCCUCAGGAUGUCAGCUAAUGCCAGAAAGGGUUGGGAUGCUAUUGAGUGGAUCAUUCAGAACUCUGAAAGGGAGAACGUUCCUCUGUGCGAGCUGUACUGACUCUGGUAACUACUCUUCCCUGGCUGAGCUUAGCAGCACCUGACUGGAAGGGCCAAUCAGAGGACUGUGUCGACCACAUGAUCAGGGACUAUAUCAUCCUACACCAACCAGCCCAGACAAACCUCCCACAUGGCAACCAGCCCAG